GCAGACUCUUUACGGCCACACCUGCUUCAGAACAAGAAAAAAAAUUAGGAUAAUGCUACGGAUAUAAACAAAGGAUUGUCGAAAAAGCGUUUUACACCAGAUCGUUGGCACUUCCCCAGCAGGCAAUGAGUUUCAAUUUCUACGUGGAAUCGUUCAAUUCAACGUUGCAGUCGAUUGCGCGACAAGUGGAGCAAUUUGCUGGCGUUGCACUGAACGCAGCUGUCGAUCUGCGCGGAAAUCUGGAAUCCUUGACCGGCGAUUUUCGUUGGCAGAACGGACCCAUUGCCUUUACCGACUUACAGGCCACCCUGCUGAAAGUCCUAAUCGUCCUUCUCCUGGGAACCUGCGUGCUAGCCGGCUACUCGUGGUCCGUUUACGGCAGAGUCAUCACGGAAAAGUUUGUCAGGCCAAGCACUUUAAAAGAGAUUGAGGAGCUUAAAUUGUCGGUGGCCAAGUUGAAGUUGCCCAAGGAACACUCUCCGCGCAUCUAGAAGCCAUGUCCAAGAUCAAGAAGUUCUUUUCGCGGAAGAAGGAGGAGGCUGCUGCCUUUAAA